CAGGCACAUCAUCAGAGAGCACCUGGAGUUCCUCAGGUCCUUCUCCUCUAGAGUCAUGUGACGUGUCAGAUGAAAACAUUUAUUAGAGGCAGCCUCGUUAAAUGUUAAAAACAGACCGUUAAUUCAGCAUCUCGAGCGGAGAAUUACUUAAACGCUUGAGGUUCCUCGGAGUAUCUGGAAACCAACGCCGCGUCGUGUUCAGGAUGCGGCUAUUUGCACACAGCCAGCGUCACUGAUCUGUAAAUUGCAGAAAGCAAAUAAACGCAUGGUUAUUAUAGCUGAAGUGUAAUAUCAUUGUAACCGUAAGUCGCUCUCAGACUGUAAUAUAUCAGAGGAAGGAGAGCCUCAUCAUCCGAGCAGAGAGAAGAGGGGGAUCUAGAGUCGCGUCAUCAUUUCCGGGCUCCCGGUCAUCGCCGAUAGAGUGGAUCGGGACGCGGGAGCGCGGGGGACGGGGAGCGGAGCGGUGUCCGUGUCCAUACCGAGACUGCUGGAGGAGAGCAUGGCCUCCGGGAAGGCAGCGAGCAGACUGUCUCUGUGGCAGAACGAGCGGCUCCGGUUCAUCGUGUGUUUCUGCGGAGUGUUCGUGUGCUACUUCUACUACGGGAUACUGCAGGAGACAAUCACGCGAGGAGACUACAGUCAAGCGGGGAAGAAGGAGAAGUUUCGUUAUGCCACCACACUAGUCUUCAUCCAGUGCAUCAUCAAUGCUGCUUUCGCCAGACUCUUAAUUCAGUUUUUCGAGGGCUCGAAGCAGGACCACACGAGAAGCUGGCUGUAUGGCAUGUGCUCUCUGUCUUACCUGGGUGCCAUGGUGUCCAGUAACUCGGCCCUGCAGUACGUCAACUACCCCACACAGGUUUUGGGGAAAUCCUGUAAACCUAUACCAGUGAUGAUUCUGGGUGUCACAAUCCUAAGGAAGAAAUAUCCCAUGACGAAGUAUCUGUGUGUGUUUCUAAUCGUCACCGGGGUCGCUCUCUUCCUCUACAAACCCAACAAGGGCUCCAGCACAUCAGAUGAACACACAUUUGGCUUUGGAGAGAUGCUGCUGCUGCUGUCUCUGACUCUGGAUGGGCUGACCGGUGUAGCUCAGGACCACAUGAGGGCACGGUACCAGACGGGAGCCAAUCACAUGAUGCUGAACAUCAACAUGUGGUCCACACUGGUCCUAGGAAUACUUGUGCUUUGGACAGGAGAGGUGUGGGAGUUUCUGUCAUUCACCGACCGCUAUCCCGGCAUCAUCUAUAAUAUCCUCCUGUUCGGCAUCACUAGCGCUCUCGGACAGACGUUCAUCUUCAUGACCGUGGUGUAUUUCGGGCCGCUCACCUGUUCCAUCAUCACAACCACACGGAAGUUCUUCACCAUCCUGGGGUCUGUGCUGCUGUUUGGGAACAUCAUCAGCACUAUGCAGUGGUUUGGGACCAUCCUCGUCUUCCUCGGCCUUGGACUGGAUGCCAAAUUUGGAAAGUCUCCUAAGAAGACGACACACUGAAGACUGGAACCCUGUGUGUGUGUGUGUGUGUGCACAUGUAUGCUUGCGUCUGAACCCAAGACAAACAUCAAUGUUUAUUCUAAACACUUUACACUAACUCCAUCACUGGUGUACUUCAGAGAUUGUUUUUAGCACUUAAAAUACCGUUAUAAUGCUGAUGUUCUGAACAUUUAAUUAUGGGAUAUAUCUAUCUGACCAUCAUCUUGCAAAACGGUAUCCAUGGUAACAGUGCAAAUGUGUGUCUGUGCCUAAUCAUAAUCUGUCAUGAGGCCAAAUCAAAAAGAUCAAGUUUGAAUAAAAAUCCAAUUUAAAAUUGGGAGUCUAUAAAAGGUAGACACACCACAGCUGACUGUCCUUCAUGGAAGACUCCCUCCAGCGAGCCAAACAUUGAAUUUUCUAACUACCACAGUUCAUACCUUUGACACAUUUCUAUAUAUGUACCUUGUAGACAUUUGAGAAGUCAGACAGGAGUGUUCUGUCUUUACUGUAGUUCUAAUUUAGGCAGUAAUUUGUUAAACGUCUGAUUGUCAUUGCAUUCCCCAAGAAGUGUAUGUGUGUGGUGUUUAAUUUGUGCAUGUAAUGCACAAACACCUGUAUAGAUGAAUUAUUUGUCAAAACAUGGCUUUUUCAUACCAGAUCUCAUAUUUAUAUUCAUGUGUCUUGUUUGAAGUCAGCAAAAAAAAAAAAAUAUUUAGAAAGGUGACAUUUUUUACAAAAAGAGAAAUAUCAUCUGCAUUAUACUGUAUCCUUAUGUCAGAUUAAAAAUGGAAUUUUAUAGAUUA